GUCUUCCACCUGGUGGACAAAGCUUGCAAGUGCAACAGACUGUCAUAAGGAAAUGGUGGGUGUGGCCUCAUGAAGUCACAGUGGAGAAACGAAAGCAGUGAGAACUGUGUUAUAAACACGGUCCAGUUACUGCAGCUGGACUCAACAUCCAGCUUGAAGCUUCUCCAGGUGUUCUUAGAGGAACUGCCACCACUGCAGGUGAUGAUUCAUCUCCCACCUGGUGGCCAAACCCUCCAAGUGCAUUAAGCUCUCAUGCUGAAAUGGCAGGAAAUGGUCUUAUUAUGUCACCCAUAAGAAAUGAAAGUGAAACAAACCUCAGAAGUUCCUCUCUGCAGGACACCUUGUAUCUCCUCAAGUCUUUCUUGCAAGAAACUCAGAAACUCGUGGAUAUCAGCUUUCAUUGAGCUGGAAACCAAACCAAGAGAAGGAAAGUGAAUCUGUCAUGGCUUCCUCCAGCAGUGUCCUGUCUGAAGAUCUGCUCCAGUGCUCCAUCUGUCUGGAUGUGUUCACCGAUCCAGUCUCUACUCCAUGUGGACACAACUUCUGCAUGGUCUGUCUCAAAGAGUGCUGGGUCAGCAGUUCAUACUGCCAGUGUCCAGUCUGUAAGACAAAAUUCCGUAAAAGACCUGAACUCUCUGUGAACACGUUCAUCUCUGGACUGGCUGCUCAGUUCAAGAAGUCAGUUCAGGUGAAAUCCAGCAGAGUUCCAGAGAAACGUUCCUUGAAACACACAAUGAUUCUGUGUGAUUACUGCAGUGAGGAACAGCUGGAGGCUGUAAAGUCCUGUCUGGACUGUGGAAUCUCUUACUGUGAGACUCAUCUGAUGCCUCAUGAAACUGCAGCUAAACUCAAGAGACACAAACUGAUGGACCCUGUGGAGAACCUGGCGGACUACAUCUGCCAGAAACAUGAGAGACCCCUGGAGCUGUUCUGUAGAGAUGACCAGACGAGUGUGUGUCAGUUCUGCACUGAGACAGACCACAAGACUCACAGCACUGUUCCUAUAGAGGAGGAGAGUGGAGAGAAGAAGACUCAGCUGGUGAAGACAAAGGCAGAAGUUCAGCAGAUGAUCCAGGACCGACUGAAGAAGAUCGAGGAAGUCAAACACUCUGUAAAACUCAAUAAAAAAAGCUCAGAGAAGGAGAUAGCAGACAGUGUGGAGGUCUUCAGAUCUGUGCUGCGCUGCAUUGAGAGAAGCCAGGCGGAGCUGCUUGAGGUGAUGGAGGAGAAGCAGAAAGCAGCAGAGAGGCAGGCUGAAGAGUUAAUUAAAGAGCUGGAGCAGGAAAUCGCUGAGCUAAAGCGGAGAGAUACUGAGCUGGAGCAGCUCUCCCACACUGAGGACCACCUCCACCUCCUACAGGUUUUCCCAUCCCUCUGCAACCCUCCACCCACCAAGAACGGGACUGACGUCAGGUUUAACACUCAUUUGAGGGUGGACACUCUGAGGAGAGCUCUGACUCAGCUCCAGGAAGAGCUCAGUAAGGAGAUGGAGAAGGUUGUGGAGAUUGAACUAAAAGCAGUUCGACAGAAUGCAGUGGAUGUGACUCUGGACGCUGAUACAGCAAAUCCUUUCCUCAUCCUGUCUGAUGAUAGGAAACAAGUGACACAUGGAGACAAACGACAAAAGCUCUCUAAAAACUCAAAGAGAUUUAAUCGUUGUCCCUGUGUUCUGGGAAAGGAGGGGUUCUCCUCUGGGAGAUUUUACUAUGAGGUUCAGGUGAGAGCGAAGACUGAGUGGGAUUUGGGAGUGACCACAGAGUCCAUUAACAGGAAGGGAGAGAUUACACUGAGACCUGAGGAUGGAUACUGGACCGUGUGGCUGACAAAUGAGACUAAAUAUGUAGCUCUGGAUUCUCCUUCUGUCCCCCUCUCUUUGAAACAGGCUCCCCAGAAGGUGGGGGUGUUUGUGGAUUAUGAGGAGGGUCUGGUCUCCUUCUAUGAUGUUAAGUACAGGUCUCAUAUCUACUCUUUCACUGGUCAGUCUUUCACUGAGAAACUCUAUCCAUACUUUGGCCCCUGUGAUAAUGAUGGAGGUAGAAACUCAGCACCACUAAUCAUCACACCCUGUAGAUCAUGAUAAAUGAGGCUCUGCUCUACAGUAAAACACUUCAGUGUGUCAGAACAGAGUUUGUGCACUGAAAUUUCAGAGCAUGAAUAAAAGCAUUUACUCUAAAACCCCCCAAAAAACAGUUAAUCUGUUUCAUAUAAAUGAAAGAAUAUUUUAUUCAGACGCCACAGAGCCAGUCUCAUAUGUGCCGUCUCAAAGCCUUUCUGAUUCUACUGUAAACUCUGGCUUUAUUCUUCACUCCUUUAAUGUGCACAGUUACACAGUGGUAUUAUAUAUUGGGGGUUAAAUCCUGCUAAUCAGAUGACACUGAACAACUUUUCAUAGAUUAGUUUUUCCAGAUGUGUCCUCAGUUCAGAAAUUAUGUACAUCUACUGACCAGUUAAGCCGCUGACUUAUAGAAAUAGUUUUACAAAAAAACACAAAUUUACCUGAUUGUCCUCUUACAGUUAAUCUGCUGAGACAUGUUUGUUGUCCUGGUUUUGCUUCUUUAGUUUAGAGCUGUUAGGUCUGAACUAUUUUGGAAUGUUUGAAAAGAAUGUAUACUUACAACAGACAAUAAAGUUCAGAAGGUGAACCAUCAAA